AUGAAAUGCCAGGUGAAGAAACUCAAUGUAGAAAAAAAAAGAAAACAUGAUGAUCAUACACUACUUUCUAGAAUUUGCGUUGCAAAAGAAGUCUGUGAUAUCCUUACGGUCUGCGUUAAAGAUAGGUUCGAAUAUGAAGCUCAUUUAAACGCGUCUCAAUUAUUUAUGUCCUCUGAAUUUUCUUUGUAUGAAAAAAAUUUUCCGCAAAAAUACGUUGACGAUACAAUUAAAGCUUACCCGUUUUUAAACAAAAGUAAGCUACAAACUGAAUCGGAACUUGUAUAUAAACGGACAGAUUUUCGUAGCGUAACAGGUGCUGUUAAUUUACUACAAUUUAUUAUUGAUAACAACUUGGAACAAAUAUUUUCAGAAACAUUUAAAAUUAUACGUAUUAUAGCAACAAUAUGACAUCUAUGACAUCAGCAGAAGCGGAAAGAUCGUUUUCGACAUUAAANAGGAUAAAAACAUUUCUUCGAAAUACUACGGCAGAAGAACGAUUAACCGCAUUAGCGAUGUUAUCCAUUGAAAAGAAAAUGGUGAAUGAAAUACCAAAUUUCAAUGAACAAGUCAUAAAAGUAUUUAUGAAGAAAAAAGACAGAAGAAUUGAUUUAGGAUUUAAAAAUAUUAGUGAUUAA